AUGGAGGAGCUGAAGACGCUCCCAAGACCCGGCGGCACACCGGAAGGCAGCGGCCGCCAAAGAGAGCACGAGCAGUGGAUGCGAAUCUGGCCCAGCCUUGCGAAAAUGGACUCGUUGCUCCGGGUUGGUCUGUGGCUUGACCACGACACAGAAUUCUGCUGGGAAGAUGUCUCCGAAACACAGAUACUGCAGGGUCUAUCAGGUAUCAUGCCUAUGCUGAGAAGUCGCGACGUCCAAGUCAACGUCAACUUACCUCAGUUAAUUUCCAGACCGCGUGGCAUAGAGGAUGAUUAUUUUGUCCACGUUAUGUGGAUGCAUAAUGAGGAAAACGGACGGCCGCCCCCUCAUGUCCCCAAUGGUCGAUUUAUGUAUGCUCAGAACGAUUGGUACAUAUUUUAUGUACUCGGCUACGACACUGAGUGUGACGAGUUUGUCUACCACCCACUCGUGGGCGUGGACUUCACUAGUGGCGAGUACUGUAUGGCUUGA